AAACGUUUUAUGUUUAGUCAGUCAAUGCUCGUUGAGCGGAGGACGGACACGUUUGCAAAAAUUUAACGGAUGAAGUGAUUUUGAACCAUCGACUAAAAUUUGUCUCCAAUCAAAAUGUUUGCAUAAUUACAAAAAAAUUAUGCUGAAAAUAUGUAAAAAAAAAUCUGAAUAUAAAAUAAAAUCUCAUGUGUUUUUAAAAUUAAAAAAAAAAAAUUGUGUUGUGAAUUGGAAAAAAUUGGUUUUAUAAUAUUAUUGUUAAUAUUGGUCUAGAAAAGUGUAAAUGUGAUAUUGAAUAACGUGAGAUUAGGGUUUUAAAAGGUUCAUAACAAUAAUUAAAAUUUCAGAGAAUUCGCCGAUUUUAAAAAGUUUCAUCAACUCAACCAAGUGAAUAUAUAGGCUAAAAAUCAUGUUUUUGCGGAAUCUUUCUACGAUUCUCUUGUUACCCCUGGUAUUUUGCCAGAACAAUAUACAGAUUCAACGCACUGCCCUUGAUGAUACUUUAGGCGAUUUGGUGAGAUCAUUGCGUGUAAUUUUUCUUGAUGUGACAGGACGAUCUGGAGAUGAUGCCAGAAAUGUGGCAUUACAUCAAAGAAGAGGGAAAUCUCAAAGUUCGAUGAAACGCUCCAGAAUAGCAAAGGAUUUUUGUGAUUUAAAUGGCCCAGGCAAACGCAGUCCGGAACCUCCAACCUCAGUACAUCGUUUGAGACCUGGUGACAUUGAUAUAAUAGCCGGAAUGGGAGACUCGUUGACUGCAGGCAAUGGUAUCGUAGCCAACAAUGUGCUACAUACAUUUCAGGAGAAUCGUGGCAUGUCUUGGUCCAUUGGGGGCCAAAGUAAUUGGCGGCAGUAUCUGACAUUACCCAAUCUAUUGAAGGAAUAUAAUCCCAAUCUAUAUGGCUAUGCAUUAAAAGAUGGUUUAGGCAGAGAUCGGUCUUCCAAAUUCAAUGUUGCCGAAUUGGGUGCAAUGUCUCGUGAUAUGCCCUAUAUGGCCAAAGUAUUAUACAAGCGCAUGACACAUGAUGCCAAAGUGAAUAUGACACAUCAUUGGAAAUUUCUAAGUCUAUUGAUUGGCAAUAAUGAUUUUUGUUCUGAUGUCUGUUAUCUGCCGGAUCCAAUGAAGGCCAUUGAUUAUCAUGAACAAAAUAUGGUGAAAACCUUUCGCUUCUUGAGGGACAAUAUACCAAGGCUUAUGGUUAAUGUUGUGCCAGCUCCGAAUCUUUUGCUGCUAACUAAACUGAAAGGUUUGCCGCCACAAUGUGCCUUAACACUGCCCUUUGAGUGUCCUUGUAUAAUUAAUAAGAGUAGAAAGCAGCAUGAGUACAUGGGCAAAUUAAUGGAUAAAUGGGCUCAACGAGACAUUGAAAUAGCCCAAAGAGAUGAAUUCAAUACAGAGACUUUCACCAUUAACGUACAACAUUUCACCAAGAAAUUUAUUUUUCCCACCUUGCCCAAUGGCAAUACCGAUACUACUUAUACUUCCGAGGAUUGCUUCCAUGUCAGUCAAAAGGCUCAUGCAGCUUGUGCCCAUAGUUAUUGGAACAAUUUAUUUGAAAUGCCCCACAAUAAGUCUGCAUUUUCCAAAGACAUCUACACCAAUUUCCUCUGCCCCACUGAAGAGCAUCCCUAUAUUAUGACUCGAGUCAAUAGUCGUAGCGAUUUUAAAGUUUAACUUUUUUCAUCAUUGCCAUUUACAACUUUUUAAUACUUUUUUCUAAACUGUGAUACAUUUAUUUAUAUUGUACUAAAAGUAAUGAAAAUAAAUUUAAGUAUUUAAA